AUGACACAUGCUACUCGGCAAACUGAAAAGGAGGAGGAGCGGGCCGGACGACGCUCGACAAGGAGGAUGUCUCUUCAGAUUGACCAAGAGGGUGGGGCCAGAUCUAAAGCUACUAAAGCGGCCGCCGCACAAACCGGUCAACAGAAACGAGUGGCGGGAAAAAAGGCUGAGGUGGGACAGAAGAAGUCCGGGAAGAAGGCGGAGGACAAGGGGAAGCAACCGACGGCACGCAAGCAGGUUUCAACCAUGAAAAAGGAUGCAGACGACGGCACCCUCGGUGGCAAAGAAGACCCUGGGCGAGGGAGCGUGAGUCUUGCCAUCCGGUCGGCAGACAGAGAGGGCUCGGCGACUAGAGGAAAGUACGGCGACUCUCCCCAUGACGACCAUGCCACAACCGUGGUGUCCAAGGCAGAGGCAUCACAGCAGUAUGUGCCGCUGCCCCCCCUGUCCGUGGUCGAAGUUUUUGUUGCAGUGAUAGAUAAGGACAAGGAUGCUGCAUACGAUUGCACGGAGGAGCCAAAACACGACAUUGCCGACAUCGGUGGAUCACCUCCCUCUGGUGGACGUGGGAGGCGUAGGCAGAGGAAGAGCAAUGGGGAGGAGGAGUAUGACACCGCCGUGGCCGAGGACAUCUCCACACGCGCGAAAAGGAGGCAGACGACACCCAGUGGUGACGACGCCGGUGGUGCUGAAGUUGGGACAACGCGAGGCACUAGCGACGGGGGGAAGAGGCCAAAGCGUGGUGAAGAAGGCCCUGGUGAAUCGGAUGAGGAGGACGAGGGGGAUGAGGAGGAGGAUGCUGAGGAGGAUGCAGAGGAGGAGGACGCGGAUGCAGGGGAGGAAGAAAAGGAUCAGAAUGAGGAGGAGGAUGACGAUGAUGAGGAGGAGGAGGACGAGGAGGGGGGCGACAAGGAGGAGGAGGAGGAGGAGGAGGAGGAGGAGGAGGAGGAGGAGGAGGAGGAGGAGGAGGAGGAGGAGGAGGAGGAUGAGGAGGAUGAUAAGGACGAGGAGGAGGACGAGGAGGGGGACGACAAGGAUGAGGACAAGAAUGAGGAGGAGGAGGAGGAGGAGGAGGAGGAGGAGGAGGAGGAGGAGGAGGAGGAGGAGGAGGAGGAGGAGGAGGAGGAGGAGGAGGAGGAUGAGGAGGAGGAGGAGGAGGAGGAUGAGGAGGAGGAGGAGGAGGAGGAGGAGGAUGAGGAGGAGGAGGAGGAGGAUGAGGAGGAGGAGGAGGAGGAGGAGGAGGAGGAGGAGGAGGAGGAGGAGGAGGAGGAGGAGAGGAGGAAGGGACGGAUGAGGCAGAGGAGGAGGAUGUGCCGGCAGUUAAAGAACGGGGCGCCCGAGGCAGUCGGGGGAGUGGUACAGGGAAGGUGGGGGGCCAGUCUGGUCAAUCCCGAAAACGCGGGGCGGUUGAUGCAACGCGUGGCGAAUCAGCGGGCAAAUCGAAGGCGCGUAAAGUGA